AAGCACUGAAUCUAGAGUUCUAUAUUCUAAUAAAUUCAUAUAAUUAAAUUAAAUUCAAACCUUUUUAGAGAAUAUCUUUACCUGGCCUCUUUCUGUAUAUGUGCAUGAUAUUUGAUCUUCAUUUUAUGUUCAGUGAUUGCAAGUAAAGUUGUUGUGAUCACCUAUAUAAACAAAUAUAGGAGGUUCUAAAUAUACAUUUAGUUUAGUGGAGUUGCAUUUUUAGGCCUCUCGUCUCUUCUGUACACCGAUUCAGCAACCAUUUUCUGAUGUCAAGUCCUAUGAGUGUGCAGGUUAAGAGGCACAGGCCAUUGUUGUGCAGCAUCCUUCCAGCAGUAAUUUUACUUUCUGCAGGUUUCUUUUUUGGGAGGGCCAUCACAAUUACAGAUUAUAAACAGAGAAUUCUAAAAUCGCGAAUAAUUGAUGAUCAAAUUGAUCAGGAUACAAUAUCAAACAAAUGCGAGGCUCGAUGCAGAUCCGAUGGAAGUGAGUCAUUACCUAAAGGAAUUGUGACUAGAACAUCUAACUUGGAAAUGCGCCCAUUAUGGGGUCCCCCAAACAAAAGGAAUCCAAAGGCACCUACGAUCAGCUUGUUGGCAAUGGCCGUAGGACAGAAGCAAAAAACAAACGUAAAUGAAAUCGUGAAGAAGUUCCCGGAAGAAAAUUUUGUUGUUAUGCUUUUUCACUAUGAUGGGGUUGUGGAUGACUGGAAUGAUUUCGAAUGGAGCAGCCGUGCUAUACAUGUUUCUGCAUUCCAUCAGACAAAGUGGUGGUUUGCUAAAAGAUUCCUACAUCCAGAUAUUGUAUCAGAGUAUGCUUACAUUUUUCUUUGGGAUGAAGACCUUGGAGUCGCUAACUUCCAUGUUGGGAGAUAUAUAUCAAUUAUAAAAGAAGAGGGUCUUCAGAUAUCCCAGCCAGGGCUUGAUCUUACAAAAUCAGAGAUUCAUCAUCGAAUUACAGAACGACAGAAUGGAACAAAAGUCCAUAGAAGAAUAUACAAAAGAAGUAUCUCUGGGGUGAUGUGUUAUCCAAACAGUACAGAUAUUCCCUGCACUGGUUGGGUAGAAAUGAUGGCUCCUGUCUUCUCGAGGGCAUCUUGGCGUUGUGUAUGGCAUAUGAUUCAGAAUGACUUAAUUCAUGCUUGGGGCUUGGAUAUGCAGCUUGGCUACUGUGCCCAGGGUAAUAGGACCCAAAAUAUCGGGGUAGUUGACUCUGAGUAUGUUGUUCACGAAGGCCUUCCUACACUCGGAGGUACUGCUGGAGAUAAGGCAAAAUCAGCACCUCGUCAACCUAAUAUUAGAGAUGAAGUGAGAAAACAGUCCGUUGUCGAAUUAAAUAUCUUCAUGAAUAGAUGGAAAAAUGCUAUAAGGGAAGAUGAAUGUUGGGUUGAUCCACUGCAGACAACGGAACAUAAUAGUACUGGAAGAGUAGACUCAUAGGAGCGGCUAGUCUCAUACCACAUUUUUCAACUGCUAACUCAAAAUGAUGCCACCAAUACGAUGUAAUAGUACUGGAUUGUAGUAAGUUUUGCUCUGAAACUGACCAAAAGUUGAAGCGGGGGAAACUGAGAAAGCAGCCCGUAGAAAUAUAUACCAACAUGGAGCCUAAACAACUCCUUUUUUUUGUUUGCUAAGCCACAGAAGUUGAAUAUAGAGGUUACAGACAACAUUUCUUGUUUU